UCAGACAGACUCUUGGAAAGAUGGCGACGGUGAGGCACAGAGGAGUGAAAACUGGACGCUUUGCUGUUACUAAACACCGCAGAUCCACACUUCGCUAGAACCCACACGGCACCGGGUGUGGAAGUUAAUCGGUCCGCUCUUGAGUCUGAACCCGCCGUUUGGGGCCGUAUGGUGACGCUGCAGGUUUGCGCGCUGUUGUUUUCGGUUACACUUGGACUUCUCAUUAGCUUUAAGUUGAAAAGCCAGCGCUAGCCCGGGCUAGCUGUGUAGCCUCACUCGGCUGUUUGGAAGCUGUAUGGUACCCUUAACCGGUGUCAACACUGGCUUGUAUAUACCUUAUAAUUUUUUUUGUAUUUCCGGAGCCGCUCAUGAGUCACCUGGAUUAAAUAUUGCACUUAAGGAGGAACAGGGGGCCACAAACUAUUUGGCACUGCUGCGCCGAGGCGGAGUGAGUUUGCCGUCAUGUAUUUUCUAACCGGCUGGCCACGGAGGCUGCUUUGUCCGCUGAGGAGCGAAGAGGAGCCCUUCUACAUCCAGCCCAGCUCCCAGCGCUUUUACUUCGCUCUGCUGUCAGAGACGCAGCUCAGCGUUUGGUUUAGUCGGCCCAGUGUUUUGAUAGUCAGCUAUAUCGAGUCUGCAAAGGCAGCGGCUCAGUUUGGCUUCUACCAGAAAGCAGAAUGGAAACCAGACGACUCAAUGAUAGCUGUGGCGACUGCCAAAGGCUACAUCCUUUUGUUUGAUGUGCUUGGUGGAGGGGAUGACAAGUACCUCUAUGAGCCCGUCUAUCCAAAAGGAAGCCCUCGUGUGAAGGUGACCCCUGGUUUUAAGGAGGAGCAAUGUGCACCCGCUCUCUCUCUGGAGAUGAAGAAGCCUGUGGAUCUGGAGGCCCCCAUCACCAGCCUGCAGUCCCUCCAGGAGGAUUUGCUGGUGUGUACCGCAGACGGUUAUCUCCAUGUGCUGCAUUGGGAUGGGCUCGGCAGCAAUGGACGCAAGGCCAUCUGCCUUACUACAAUCCCCUUCUCAUUGGACCUGCAGUCUGCUCGAGGUGGCCCUUCUCUGGACCUGGAGGGGGUUCAUAUCCGCUGUAUGGAGUACUGUGUGACCCUGGAUGGCUUUGCUGUCGUACUGAGUGACGGACGCCUGGGCUUUAUCACCCCACUGAGCAACACCAUCACUGCAGACCAGUUGCAGGGUGUCUGGGCAGCGGAUGUGACUGAUGGCACCUGUGUGGCUGUCAACAACAAGUACAGGCUGAUGGCCUUUGGCUGCGCCAGCGGCUCGGUGCUGGUGUACAUGAUCGACACCACAACAGGGUCGAUGCAGCUCUCCCACAAACUGGAGCUCACUCCAAAACACUACCCAGACAUCUACAACAAGACGGGCCCUGUCAAACUAAUCUGCUGGUCACCUGACUGCAGCGUUGUCAUGGUUACGUGGGAGUGCGGCGGCCUGUCGCUGUGGAGCGUCUUCGGAGCUCACCUCAUCUGCACUCUGGGAGAGGACUUCAUACAUCGAUCUGAUGGUACCAAGAAAGACCCCCUUAAAAUCAGCUCUAUGAGCUGGGGUGCAGAAGGCUACCACCUAUGGGUGCUCCCUCACAAACAGGAGAGGAGAAGACAAGAGGAGCAGGAGCAGGAUGUGGAGAUGGUUGCACCUCCUAACUCCAGCGCUUUGCAGGCUGGCAUACUGCAGUUCCACUUCAUUAAGAGCGCCCUCACAGUCAACCCCUGCACGAGUAACCAGGAGCAGGUGUUACUCCACGGUGAAGACCGCCUCUACCUGACCUGCGGUGACCCCACACAGAUCCAUAGCAACUCUGACACACACCCACACACACACUUACACCCGCGCGACGGCAGCCCGCUGCACCCGCCCCCCAACCCCGACUCCUCUCUCUCUCAGGGACUCAGCACUUUACUGGGACACAAGCACUGGCACGUGGUCCAGAUUCACAGCACAUACCUAGAGAGCAACUGGCCUAUACGGUUUGCAGCCAUAGACACAGCAGGCCAGUGCAUGGCUGUAGCAGGGAGGCGAGGCUUUGCACACUACUCCUUGUUUACAAGGAAAUGGAAGCUGUUUGGGAAUAUCACUCAGGAGCAGAACAUGACAGUCACAGGAGGUCUGGCUUGGUGGAAUGACUUUGUGGUGGUGGCCUGUUACAAUUUUAUAGACCAGCAGGAGCAGUUGAGACUCUAUCAACGCUCAUCCAACCUGGACAAUGCCUUUGCUUCAGUUACUAAGCUACAUUCUGACACUCUGCUGCUCAAUGUCUUCAGAGACAUGGUCAUACUCUUCAGAGCCGACUGCUCCAUCUGUCUUUAUAGUAUAGAGAGGAAGAACGACAGUCCAAACCCGACAGCCAGUGUGGAGCUGCUGCAGGAGGUGUCGAUGUCCCGUUACAUCCCUCAUCCAGCCCUUGUGGUGUCUGUCACUCUCACGUCUGUGCGCACCGAGACUGGCAUCACAUUAAAAGCCCCGCAGCAGGCCUGCAUGGCAGAGAGCAUUAUGUUAAAUCUGGCUGGCCAGUUGAUCAUGCUACAGCGGGACCGUUCAGGACCGCAAGUGCGAGAGAAAGACACGGCUGCUGUCAACAAGAAGCUGCUCCCAUUUUGUCCCCCUGUCGUGUUGGCCCAGUGUGUGGAGAAUGUUUGGACCACCUGUCGAUCCAACAAGAAAAAGCGCCAUCUGCUGGAGGCUCUUUGGUUGUCCUGUGGAGAAGCGGGCAUGAAAGUGUGGCUGCCACUUUUCCCCCGAGACCAUCGCAAACCCCACUCCUUCCUCUCCAGACGCAUAAUGCUGCCCUUCCACAUCAACAUCUACCCUUUGGCCGUGCUGUUCGAGGAUGCCCUCGUACUGGGGGCAACCAAUGAGACUGUGCUCUACGACGGGAUGCAGGGAUCCUCAGAGCCACUGGAGGCACUGUUUCCCUACUGCACAGUAGAGAGGACCUCACAGAUCUACCUCCACCACAUACUGAGACAGCUGCUGGUUCGCAACCUGGGUGAACAGGCUUUAAUGCUGGCUCAGUCAUGUGCCUCCCUCCCCUACUUCCCCCAUGUCAUGGAGCUGAUGGUUCAUGUAGUGCUGGAAGAAGAGGCAACGUCGCGGGAGCCCAUACCCGACCCGCUGCUUCCCACCGUUGCAAAGUUCAUCACAGAGUUCCCCCUGUUCCUCCAGACCAUCGUCCACUGCGCCAGGAAGACCGAGUACGCCCUGUGGAACUACCUGUUUGCAGCCGUGGGAAACCCCAAAGAUCUGUUUGAGGAGUGUCUCAUGGCUCAGGAUCUGGACACAGCGGCCUCCUAUUUGAUUAUACUGCAGAAUAUGGAGGUUCCAGCAGUGAGCAGACAGCACGCCACUCUUCUCUUCAACACGGCUCUCGAGCAGGGCAAGUGGGACCUUUGCCGGCACAUGAUCAGAUUCCUCAAAGCCAUUGGUUCAGGGGAGAUGGAGACUCCGCCCCCAACACCCACUACUCAGGAACCCAGCUCAACUGGAGGUUUCGAGUUCUUUAGAAAUCGCAGCAUCAGCUUGUCUCAGUCGGCCGACUCGGUCACCGCAGGAAAGUUCAACCUGCAGAAGACCUUCAGUAUGCCUUCUGGAUCUUCUGCUAAAGGUCGGGAUGUGGAGUGUGCAGAGAACAUGUAUAUCGACAUGAUGCUGUGGCGCCAUGCCCGUCACCUCCUGGAGCAGGUGCGCCUUCGUGAUCUGGGAUGCUUUUCCGCUCAGCUGGGCUUCGAACUCAUCGGCUGGUUAUGUCGCGAGCGAAACCGCGUGGCCCGAGUUGAUGAUUUUGUAUUGGCGCUGAAGAAGCUCCAUAAGGACUUCCUCUGGCCGUUCCCUGUCAUUCCUGUGGGAAACCUCAGCUCACCACUGAAGAAUGGACGGUGCCGUACAGUGCUGAGCCCACAGUUGUUGAAGUCACAGUCAGCAGACAGCCUGCUGAACAACGACAUGGACACGGCACCGCCUCCGACAGCUCCUGACAACCACACCUGGAUGGACGGGCUUGAGCAGAGACCCAAAGACAUGGACACAGCCUCUUCUGCUCACUCAAACCAGCACUCACCACAGACUCAUGAGGCCUUCCUGUCACUGCUCACCAACAAAGUCGAGGAGUACAGCAUCGGCUCGGCCACAGACCUCACAGAGACCAGCUCAGUGGUGGAUGGCGACUGGACAAUGGUGGACGAGAACUCGUCCACUUUGAGCCUGAGUCAGGCCGAGCUGGAGCACAUCUCCAUGGAGCUGGCCAACAAAGGCCCGCACAAGUCCCAGGUGCAGCUCAGAUAUCUUCUCCAUGUGUUCAUGGAGGCGGGCUGCCUGGAGUGGUGUGUGGUGAUUGGUUUGAUCCUGCGGGAUGCAAAUGUCAUCAAGCAGGUGAUCAGUUUCCUGGACAACCCAGAGGUUCCUGCGGAAAAUGUGCAGAGUGUCCGAAAUGGAUUAUUAGCAGUCGAUGCGUGGGCCUCCACAGACUGCCUGGGUUACAAACCAUUCCUCAGCCUGAUCCAGCCGCAGCUGCAGCGGCUGAUGGAGUCGACGUCGGAGCAGGUGCAGCCUGAAGCCUUCCAGCCUGCCACCCAAUGCUCCAAGCUCAGUGGCUCUGAAGGUCUGGGAGGAGCCGCGGUACCUCGGGCAGAAGACAGCAGAGGAGUGGUGACCCCGCUGGGCCUGGCCCUGCCCUCUCUCGAACCCGCAGGAGUUUUCCCCCGUCCCCCCUCUGAGGACUGUCCUCCCGAACAAACGGAGGAGCAGGGGGAGGAGGAGGGAACCUACGACUGCACCUUGUCCUGAAGCCUCUUCUGGACUUUUUAACCUGUGAACCCUUCAAGGGCCGGAGUGGUGAAAGCUGCAGCAUUGGCUGACUGGAAAAAGACUUCAUUUGUGUGAGCGAGCGUGUGCGUGCCUGCGUUUGUGCGCCUCUUUGUCGGUUCCUACUUCAGUCAGUAUUACCCACUCUUUAGAUCGCUAUCAGCCCGACAGGCACAAAGACAUCACAGCACAAACGGUUCCUUUUUUAACAGAGCUCAUUUCAGCAGAUUGUGCUGGUAGAUUAGAGAGGAGGGUUACUCAUGUCAGUUGUUUUCCACUUGUGUUGUUUUGGAAGCUGUAGAGCAGCACGCGAAAGCUUGGGUAGAGCGAUAGAAUCAGUUCAGAGGGUCUGUUCUGAUCUUUGCGCUAACCGCGGAGCAUAACGUAGAACAAAGAAAAAGCUCGAGAACCUUUUACGGGACUCGCUGAAGUGCGUCUGAGCCUACAGUACGUGAAGCGUGCCGUUCUGUCUGUGUGCACAAGAGGUGUUUCAUACUUUCAUACCUCAGUAUAAUUUUAAAAUAUUUUGUGAUACCUUUUUUUCUAUAAUGUAACAGUGUACAGGAUGACAUUAUUUUUCUAUCCCUCUGCAGUCACCCUGUGACCAAAAAAAAAGAAAAAACACCCUCAGCAGAUGAUUCUGUGUGAUUCUUUAAAACAGUUGAAUUUAAGGUUUCUAAGAAAAUGAUCUGUGAGUAGAAUCCCACUGUUCUGAGUGCAGACUAGUUUCUUACCACUGAUCAGCACCUCGCCCGCCCGCUGCCCACCCCCUCCCUAGUGAUGCUAAAGUACAGAAUCAGCUGCCUCGCCCUUCCCCGUGUGGGUUUUCACACAAAGCAAAGCAGAUCUGUGUUGAUCCUUCUCAACACUUCCUGCGCUGAAUAAAAAAAAAAAAAAAAAUCACAAGAUGCUUUUUUUUUUUUAAAUUCAAAAAAGGCUUUGUUUCCCAUCACGCCAAACGCACAUCAUUAGUGAGUUUUUAAAAGCCAUCAGGUGGAUCGUUGGCUUGUCAGCAGUGUUAGGAGCGACGCGUUAGUAUUGUUUUAGUUUGAGGGAUUGAUUGUUGUGCAAUAGAUAAGUCGCCGUGUGGUUUUUGACCCUCACCCUCUCGCAGUUCGUCCGGACCACCCGCGAGACGAGCGGGAGGCCGAUCGCCGUGUUCUCGUGCUUCCGAGUGGAAAUCUGAACGCGUGUGCAGGGCCGUGUUCACACCAUGUUGACAUGAUUGGUGACUCUGAUCACGUGGAAUUGAUUUUUAUCGUGUUAGUCCUCGUCAUUACUAUUAUUUAUUGGGAUUAUUAGCUGAGAGAUCAUUCCUGCUUUGUUUUUAAUGACUGAUAACAAAACUCCUUCUCCCUCCUCUUUAGUUAUCAAAGUCAUGCAUUGGCUCAACUACAAGCACUAAAAGAAAAACAAUGCGUCAGUAUUAUAUUGUGCAAUGUAUUGAAAUGUUACUCAGCUUUAUUUUUUUAUGCUUACUGCUUUUGUGUUUGUUUUUUCUUUCAUUUCCCCCCCAGCUGUGCGCUUCUCAUCCUAGACCAAAAUGAUAAGUUAUAGUUGGGUGUGUUUAUCUGUUUAGAUUCUUGAAUGGUUUCUCUUCUACGAGCUGCCCGUCACUAUACACAAAAAGGUUGAGACGGCCCGAGCGGCUCUGUAUCGUCUACUUCGACCCUCCUUCCGCUCUGAACAAGCCUACAGCUCCACUACAAGCUUUACUUGAACACGGACACUUGAUGAACCAAAGACUUUACGUCCAGAGGCCUUCUGUUUUAACCCCGUUGCUUCGAUUUGAACGUUCAAGUCCUCAUGCAGAGGGAGGAGAAUCUCACUCGCGCACAUCCCAGCCCUCUCAUCAGAAACAUCAUCGCUCAAAACUAAUGCUGACGGUAUGCGAGACAAUUUCCUACGGAAAUGAAUAUUUCAGCUCUUUUAUGGUUUCCUUCUCGGUGAGGAAGGAGUGUCGUUCGCUCGCUCAGUAAAACGUGGACAGCAGCUCCCUCCCACCCGUGUACAGUUUAAAAGUAUUGCUCGUUUCCUCAGAGUCGAGAUUUAUUUCUGGGGCAGCAGACAUCCUCAAUGCAGUGUAAAGAUACUCUCUUGUACAUUCGCCUUUUCUACUUAUAUUUGGUUUUCUACUUCAUUUUCCCCCCCUUGUACAUAUAGACCAAUAAAUUAUUUUUAAAAGGUU